AUCAGGCCAGAAAAAAAGUAGAAGGAAAAAUCAGGCAGGAGAGAGAGAGAGAGAGAGAAGAAGCAGCAAAAAUUUAUUGGGAAAAGAGAGACUGUUCGAAUUUGAGAGAGAGGGGAGGGUGAUCAAUUUGUGUGCCGGAGAAAAUGGAGGUAAUAGAGGUAGAAGACAGUGGUGGGUACAGUCUAAAACCAAAUCGUUUAGCGAGCGAAGACAUACUGUUCUGCAUAGAUGUGGACAGUGAAUCACUCGUGGAAAUGAAAGUUUCAACUACAGCUGGUGGGCGACCCUAUACGAGGUUGGACGCUAUGAAGCAAGCCAUCAUUCUCUUCAUCAAUGCCAAACUCACUAUCAGCCCUGAUCAUCGCUUUGCUUUUGCUGGUCUUGCCAAAUCCGCUUUCCUGCUCCAGAAAGAGUUCAGCAGUGACAUUGAGAUGGCCAAUUCUGCUCUUCGGGGUCUCACAGUAAAUUCAUCUUGUGGCCACGCUGAUCUUACUCAACUAUUUCGGCUCGCUGCCCAUGAAGCAAAGAAAUCACGUGCUCAAAAUCGGAUACUCCGGGUG